UGAGUCUUGGGUAAGGAACUAACUUGAAUUCAGUUCACUACAACACUUUGAAGUGUACACAACACCAAGAAUCCAAAGAGAAGUUUAAGUUAGGAAAAAAUAAAAGAAAAUUUAACUAAAACUCGGAAAAUUGACAAAACGAAAUUUUACAAAUAAAAACAAAAUUUACGUAAAUUUUCAAACGGAAAACUAACGGAGAAAAUUUAAAGUGAAAAACCAAGUGUUGAAAUCAAAACGAAAAAAAAACAACAGCAGCAACAACAAAUAUUGGAAUACCAAAUAAAAACCAAAACAUACCAAAAAUAAAAACAACAAACAUGUCUUCAACCUCUGCCUCACCCAUCAGCAACAUCACCGUCGAUGAUGAAUUGAACAUCCGUGAAGAUUUCUCAGCGGAUUAUUUGAAUAUCAAAGAAGAACGCGAAAGCAGUCUAUCGCCCAUUCUCACACCGCCCCAUACGCCGACGGAUAUUUCUACAAUGCGUAGAAACAGUACCGGUUUGGCGUCUUCGUCGUCAGUUCCCAGCAGCAAAGACAGUGCCCUCUAUGAAAUGGAACAAUUGAGAUCUGCAGCCUCCAACUCUUCCCGCAGCUAUGUUUCCAUGAUGGAUAACCAAAUGCAACAGCAACAACAGCAUCAACAUCGCUUGUGGUUACAAAUGCAACAACAACAACAGCAUCAUCAUCAUCAACAACAACAGGUUCAUCCGGCCAUGCCUUAUCCUCCUGCUGCCAAUCAAUUUUUACAUGCCGCCGCUGUGGCUGCCGAUCCCUUGGCCGCCCAGCAUCAGGCUUUGCUCAUGAAUCAAUGGAUACGCAAUGCUGCUUUGUAUCAACAACAUGCUCAUCAUGCCCAUGCCCAUGGUCAUCAUCAUCAUGCCCAUGUCCAUGCCGCCGCUGCUGGUCAUCCAGCCAUGCAUGGCAUGCGCCCCUAUCCCGCCGGAGCCCUACAUGGCCUCCAUCCCGCUGCUGCUGCCCGUUUGGGAGCCUGUGCCGGUUUGCCACCCAUGAAACUGGGAGCAGCUUCAAAUGCCGCCGGUUCCCGUCCCAAAAAGCAAUUCAUCUGCAAAUACUGCAAUCGUCACUUCACCAAGUCCUACAAUUUGUUGAUCCAUGAGCGUACCCACACCGAUGAGCGUCCCUAUUCCUGUGACAUUUGUGGCAAGGCUUUCCGCCGCCAGGAUCAUUUGCGUGAUCAUCGCUACAUCCACUCCAAGGAGAAACCAUUCAAGUGCGGUGACUGCGGCAAGGGCUUUUGCCAGUCCCGCACCUUGGCUGUGCACAAAAUCACCCAUUUGGAGGAAGGACCACACAAGUGUCCCAUCUGCCAUAGGUCGUUUAAUCAGCGUGCCAAUCUCAAGGCCCAUUUGCAGAGCCACAGUGAGGGUCAGCUGGCCAACAGCAGCCUGAACAGCAGCGGUGACCUGAAAAGCGAAACUUCAACCCAGGAAUUGAAUACAAGUCAACCUGAAUCGUUGAACAACUCCAGCGAAGAAUUCUUGCAGCCCCUUUCCCAGCAACCCAUUUUGGAUUUAUCAGCCUCCAAUGCGGCCGCCACCACCACCACUCCCUCCUUGGCCAUUGUUAAGCCCAAACGCAGCCUGGGCUUUACCAUCGAUGAAAUCAUGAGCCGUUAAACGGUGCUUUGGGGGAAGGAAUCAUGGAUUUCCCUUUAAAACACUUUGAAUUGGAACCUAGCCAAGAUUCAAUGGCUUGUCUUUGUUCUUGUUCUACCCUUGCCAAGGCAACAGCUAGUGGGCUCACAUGGAAAUGGUUGGAAUCUGGACUUCGUGUCAUGUGAAGUCGGAGAAGUAAACACCAAGCCCGUUAUGGAAAGACACUGGGCGAAGGGUCUUUUUUUUUGGUUAGCAAAGAAAAACGAAAAAAAACAAUUGAAACGCAAAAGUGAAGUGGAUUCCAGUGAAGGUCAUCACGCACUUGGAGUUUAACAACAUUUUAUUAAAAAAAUGAA